CAACCAUCGUCGUCCCGACAGCGUAAACGUAGACGCACGACCCCGCCGAAUAUGUGAGACCGAGUGUUUAUUUUUGUGCGGGACCGUGAAAAAAAAAAUGGCAAUCAACUUUUCGGCUUCGUUCGCUGCCUGCCUGGCCGCGGGACUAAAAGUGCCUCGUCAGAUUAUGUAUUGCAUCUCGCAAGACACCGCGGCCCCUUACGUACUCUACAAGGAUGGCAUGGACAGGGCACAGGGACAGUGGGGCCCGCAAGACAUCUACCCGCCCCCGCAGCAGCAACCGGCACCUGCGGGAGCGAGCAGCCCUCAACAGGCGUGUGGCCCCACUGUCCCGUUGGGUGUUGAGGCAGACACCGCCGCCCCUCCGAGAGAUCAGAGCCUCCCAUCACCCGCACCGUCCCCGUAUCCGGCCACGCAGGCAGAACCACGCGACGAUGACAUUCAGCCCGAGCAGCCGACGAUGGACCUCGAACCUAGGCCUGCGUCUCAAUGUUUCCCCACCGAUUUGCAGCAACAGCAAAAUCAACAGCAAGCAUACCAGCAGUACGCUAGAGCACCUCCGCCAGCCGCCCCUCCUCCCGUGCCGCCGCAUAUGCUGGGCGCGAGCAGCUUUUCCGCCCUUCAAUACUUAAAACAGCCCGGGGUUAUGCUGACCAGUUUGGGACCGGAUGGAGGAGGCCAAUUAGACCAAUAUACUGGGAACAUGCAGGACCUGAGGGGAGCGAGCCUGCCCGAUGUCAUCCAGCAGCAACAGGCGGGCCUGAAGAAGAACCCUAAUGGUCUGACGGGGGAACUAAGGCUGUUCAAAUGUUUAACGUGCGGGAAGGACUUCAAGCAAAAAUCGACUCUGCUCCAGCACGAACGCAUCCAUACCGAUAGCCGUCCCUACGGCUGCCCGGAAUGCGGCAAACGAUUCCGACAACAGAGUCAUCUGACGCAGCACCUGCGCAUCCACGCGAACGAGAAGCCGUACGCAUGCGUGUAUUGCGAGCGUACAUUUCGACAGCGCGCUAUCCUCAACCAGCACCUGCGCAUCCAUUCCGACGUGAGCCCGCAUCUCGUUUUCAAGAACGGCAUCAACCCGACUCUGUGGCCCCAAGACGUCCCUUUUCCUCCGGAUGAAGGAAAAGAGGAGGUCACGUCGACUUACGGAGAUGGCGAAAACGGUCCCAACGACAGGACCAGUUGCUUCUCACCCAACGGAAUGGUGGGCAACCUGCAAUAUCCCGCCUAUUUCAAGGACGCGAAAGGUAUGAAUCAUUCCGUGUUCGGCCCGGGCGGGAACUUCAACCCGCUGCAGUACCUCAAGCAGGGCCAGGGCAAAGGAUUGCCGGACGUCAUUCAGCACGGAAGGUCGGCGGGAAUGCCUCUAUACGUGAGGUGUCCCAUAUGUCAAAAGGAGUUCAAACAGAAGUCGACUCUACUGCAGCACGGGUGUAUCCACAUAGAGAGCAGGCCGUACCCUUGUCCGGAAUGCGGCAAGAGGUUCCGACAGCAGAGCCAUCUGACGCAACACCUCAGGAUACACACAAACGAAAAGCCGUACGGUUGCGUGUACUGCGGACGGAACUUUAGACAGCGCACCAUUUUGAAUCAACACUUGCGGAUACACACCGGCGAGAAGCCGUACAAGUGCACGCAGUGCGGCAAAGAUUUCAGGCAAAAAGCGAUCCUGGACCAACACACAAGGACCCACCAGGGCGACAGACCGUUCUGCUGUCCGAUGCCCAAUUGUCGGAGAAGGUUCGCGACCGAACCCGAGGUCAAGAAGCAUAUUGAUAAUCACAUGAACCCGCACGCGGCGAAAACCAGAAGAGACUCUAACAGUUCCGACAGUAAACUGCACACCAACGGCAUGUUACCCAGAGGCUUGACGCCCACGGGCGUCGUGAAACCCGAGCUGUACUUCCCGCAGUGUUACGCGCCGAGUUUUAAUCCUCCCACGAGCGUCGCUCAAUUCCAGGCGGUCAAUCCGGAAUUCAAACCUACGAACGGCCUCCCGGCUCAGUGACUAACGGCCAGCUGGCAACUGGGACCUUGUAUCGGGUGACCGUUUGCCAGCGGCGAGUCUCGAAACCAUAAAGGACUUGAUUAUUAGUUGAUUUUUGUAUUUAUUCGCUGAUUUCAUCGAAAUAUUCUUAGAUAUUUCCGCUGAGUGAUCUUCACAUGGUGCUGCAAAACAUUUGGUAACAGUUAAUAUGGAUUUUAAUGGUUGAUAAGGGUUUCUUCGGUCGGGUCACGGUCCGCCCGUAUUUGCCGAGCAUUUCAGGGGCGAGCUGGUUUGAACGCGUGUAAUAUGUUAUUUAAACAAUUAAAAACCAUACCAUACCUAUCAUUUGUUCUCCAUCUUCAUCGAUCCCACGUUAUUCCGUGUCAGAAGUCAAAAUUCUCGUUUUUUUAUUUUAUGUACGUAAGUUAUACCAAAAAAUAUAUUUCAGACAAAUUGUAGACCAUCCAUGUCUAAAAAAAUGGUCCUUACACUUUAUUGUUACUAAUCUCCAUUCUUCAGAUAUCGUGAUUCCAAAAAUUAAAAGAAUUGCAUUUUAUUAUAUUAGUAUAUCCAAACUUAUCCCCCAUGAUUGUCAAGAUAUACCAGUGAAUGUCAACAAUCGCCAAGUCAUUUGGCGUAUAUCCGAUAUAUUCAUCACCGGCGAAUGGUGUGUGUUCAAAAAAAAAAUUAUAAAAAGAAAAUAAAUUAAAACUUCAUAGAUUAUUUUUUUUAUUAAAGCAUGGACGAGGUUUUCAAAUGAACAUAAAGAAGUUGCUACACUUACAAAAAACACAACAAUCAUAUCUAAUAUUAAUCUAACACUAAAAUGUAUUUGAUUUCUUUAACCAAAAUUUUAAAAACAAACCUUGUUUAUUGCAA